AUGCGGGGGGCAGCCGGGAAGCUCUUGGCCAAUAUGCGGUCGCUGCGGGCUGCCGGUAGCCAGCUGGGCCACCACGCGCUGGUCUUCGUCUUCUUGCUGUGCAUGGUGCGCGGCCAGGAGGAGCGCAGGUGCCCGUUGCCGUGCGAUUGCCCCGUGGAGCCGCCCGCCUGCGCGCCCGGCGUGCCGACCGUGCUGGACGGCUGCUCCUGUUGCCUGACCUGCGCUCGGCAGCGAGGCGAGAGCUGCUCCGAAAGGCUGCCCUGCGACGAGAGCAGCGCCCUGUACUGCGACCGCGGGGCAGGCGCCGAGGCGGGCUUGGGGGUCUGUAUGGACCUCGAAGGAGACAACUGUGUAUUUGAUGGAGUUAUUUACCGGAGUGGUGAGACAUUCCAGCCAAACUGUAAAUACCACUGUACAUGCCGAGAUGGGCAGAUAGGUUGCGUGCCCCGCUGUAACCUGGACUUGUUGCUUCCUGGCCCUGAUUGCCCCUUCCCAAGGAAAAUUGAAGUCCCCAGGGAGUGCUGUGAGCAAUGGUCAUGUGACCCUAAAGAAGGUGUCGACGUGGGCGGCUUUGCUAUGGCAGCAUACAGACAAGAAGCUACCCUUGUUGACGCCUCCGAUUCGAGUUCUAACUGCAUCGAGCAGACGACGGAAUGGAGCGCGUGUUCCACGAGUUGCGGAAUGGGCUUCUCCACUCGAGUCACCAACAGGAAUCCAGCAUGUGAGAUGGUGAAGGAGACCAGGCUCUGUGAGGUGCAUCCAUGUGGAAAGAUGCAACCCCCAGAUAAGAAGGGCAAAAGGUGUGUCCGGACCAAGAAGUCCCUAACAGCUGUCCACCUGGAGUACCAGAACUGUACUAGCAUCCAGGCAUAUAAACCCCGCUACUGCGGCGUCUGUAAUGAUGGCCGUUGUUGUACCCCUCACACCACGAAAACCAUCCAGGUGGAGUUCCGUUGUCCUCAAGGCAACGUCAAGCAUCCUGUGAUGUCCAUCAUCACCUGUGUUUGUCAUGGUAACUGUCCUCAGGAUAAGAAUGCUUUCUUUAGAAAGCUCAGUGCAGCGGGCUGAUUAGAACUGACUACUUCGAAGGAGGAAACUGAGUAAUAUGCAAAAA